CUCGCUCAACCGGCAUUGGGUAGCACGUUCGAAACCAGGGAGCGUCCACGUCCAAUCAUUUCAAUCCGCGGGGCCAGACGCCAAUGGCGGUUGCGGCCAACGCUGUCUCGCCCAAGUAGUCGCGACGCAAUUGGAUAUCUGCUCGGAAGCCCAACCAAACGGCAGACCAUCAAACACGUCUAUCGCCUUUACAAGUGAUGAACGCGCGUCUCGAGAAACUCCCAAUUGUGUCAAGAUAACGCGUGAGACGUGGAAACUGUGGAGGCACGAUAUAUACCCUCCGUGAGUCCGGCUGCUAAAGGCAGACAGACGCGCCGACCCGUCCGACCCGACGACUAGCUAGCUCCCGUCGCUCCCGCCCGCAUCCCACAUGGUUCCACCAGACUACUUGCUCUGGCCGCUCGAAACCGAGGUGCUCGGGAAGAAGGAGAAAGAGAAGCCCGCUACGGAUAUAUUACCGGCUACCUACCACUACCACGAGGCCGCCGGAAGGCGCGCGGUCGCUAACCCGGCGAAGGACAUACCGGCCUUCUUACGGAGGGAGCUUUCUCUCGGAGACCUAGCUGAUAUGAUGCAACACCUAUGGUUUGCCGGCGCAAAGCGUCCCCCCAUGCCGCUGCACUCUCAUGGGAAGCUCUUGAUUAAGCCCGUCCCACGCUUUCUCCUCGAUCCAGCUUUUUGCAGCACCAACCUACAAUGCCCGGAUGCCUGCGCCUGCCACGACCCUCCGGCGAAUACGUGCCGGGGAAUCCCACGGAGAGUCGCCCUCGGCUUUCUCUACACGUACGCCUGUCUCGUAUCGUCGGGGAGCGACUUCUAUAUCGCCAACGAAAAGCACCUCUUGCCUUACAGGGAAGACGACAAGCCACUAGAAUGGGCAGAUUGGAAGAUCCUGGCCAGAGAGCUCCUCCAAAUGUAUGAGCGCGAACUAGAUGUUGUCCACCCUCGCUUCCUGCGUGCCGAGCUCCGUCUCUCCCGUAUCAAUAUCAUCCACCGCUUAACCAGCCUCCCACUGUUCAACCCCUACCUCCGCGGUCGGCACAACUACGGUAGCUUCUUCCGCGAUAACCUCACCUGGAUAACUACUGCCACCGUCUUCAUCGCCCUGGUGCUGACCGCGAUGCAGGUCGGCCUCGCCACGGAACGGCUUAAGGAAAAUGCCGCCUUCCAGCAGGUUUCGUACGGCUUUACCGUCUUCGCUAUCUUAGGUCCUUUGUGCGCGUUCGGCUUGGUGGUCCUAGACGCGCUAUUCCAUCUCGUCAAGGACCUGCCGUUGCUUCUCAGAGGACGGCGCAGCCGCACAGCGCCCAACCGCACUAUAUCUGGUGCUGAGCCGCAGGCUUCCGCCUAG